UUUAAUGAGAACAAAACUGAAGUGUGUGUAGUGCUCUAUCGUAUCUUUACGGAGACAACAAUACACUGACUCGUGUGUGUCUGUGUGUGUGUGUGUGUGUGAGUAGUAGUGCGUGAUCUGCUUUAGUUUCUUGAGGAGAAAUAAAAGAGGAAGCAGUUCCGCCCCCAGAAGAGAAGCUGCCCAGAGGCCGAGGAGAAAAGAGCAGAAAGAAGAGAAAAGAAUUCGCUCAGCUCGGUGUUCUGCGGCCUGGUAGUUGCUGCUUUGCGGAUGGACACUGGAACUCCGGCGGGACUUCGGUUGUCAGGUCCGGUUGUGUGUUGAAAAACUCGUUGGAGAGAAUGAGCUUCAUGUAAAAGUUUCAGUUUGAAGCUGCUUCGAUCUAAUCGUCCAUGCUGGUUUCUUCUGCUAACAUUACCGUGAACAGCCGGAUCUACUCCACCACAUUACUUUGGUUUUCUUGGCUGCUUCUAAACGGCGGAACUCGGGCCCUGGAAGGUUUCUGAUCAGGACAAUUUCCAGUUGAAAAUCAAUAUGAGUGGAGAAGAAGAAAGAUUCAAACUCGUGGUGGUGGGAGGAGGGGGGGUGGGGAAGAGCGCCCUGACCAUCCAGUUCAUCCAGUCCUACUUUGUGUCAGACUACGACCCCACCAUUGAGGACUCCUACACCAAGAUCUGUACUGUGGGUGGAAAGGAGACCCGGCUGGACAUCCUGGACACAGCAGGUCAGGAGGAGUUUGGAGCGAUGAGGGAGCAGUACAUGCGCUCAGGAGAAGGCUUCUUAUUGGUGUUUGCACUCAACGACCGGGGCAGCUACCACGAGGUCCAGAAAUUCCACACUCAGAUCCUGAGAGUGAAGGACCGAGACGACUACCCCAUGGUGCUGGUUGGAAACAAGGCUGACCUGGAACAUCAAAGAGUGAUCUCCAGGGAGGAUGCUCAGGCGUUCGCCAGAGAGAACAGGAUCCACUACAUGGAGGCUUCGGCCAAGAAUCGCCACAACGUUGAUGAAUCCUUCUUGGAGCUGGUGCAAAUUAUCAGAAAGUUUCAGGAGAUGGAGAGUCCUCCUCCUCCAGCUCAUUACACAGGAAAACAGAAGAGUGGAGGCUGUCCCUGUGUCCUCCUCUAAGCUGUGUGUGUGUGUGUGUGUGUGUCUGUGUGUGUGUGUGUGUGUGUGUUGUGUUGUAUGUUAAAGAGAGAGAUAAGGUGCAUAGUUUUUUCCCCUAAUGGUUUCAUUUGCACUUUCACUUUCAUAGCAACUUUUAAAUCAGUGUAAUCUUUUAUUUUAAUGAGAGGAUAUAAAAGGGUGUCAGCAGUUUAGUUAGUUUGGUGGAGAAACAGGAAGUCUGUCCGGUAUACCGGUGACAUGGAGUAAUGUUUUUCAAUGGAAAUGGAGGAUUCAAAUCAACUUUAUUAUUUUUUUAUCAUCACACGUGUACAAAGCACACAGUGAAAUUUAGACUGCCUUUAACCCACGCUAGUAUUAGUAGCAGUGGGUAGCUGU